AUGGAGACCGGUACCAGGCCGAUCUACCCCCAAAAGAACUUGAGAGCCGGACAGAUUCGAACCCCUGCAAGACCCGAAGCCACACUCGGAAUGAGGGUCUCCGACAAUCUCAUGCUCAUGGUCAAGACCCCCAGUGGAACGCUGUGGAUUGACCGUGAGAACUUCCAUCGUCGCUACCUCGCGGAUUCGUGGUCUCUAUUCGAGGCACUAUACAAAGCUCAGACAGACCUACAAUUCCAAGUUCCGGUUGAAGAGAAGUGGGAAGCGACUAGGACUAGUUAUGAUUCCAGGGCGGCUCCCAGGGGUGAUGAUAUCAGACAGACCCCCGCCUCUGGAAGCCAACACGAUAGCAAAACGGAGGCACACGCGGUGCCUACUGUUGCUCCGAGAACCGAACCUCCGUCUGCCCCAGAACCGCCUCUAUUCAGAAACAUGGGCUGCUUUGAAUUUGGGAACUGGGCAUACCAUCUGCGGUGGAAGCUAGAGACCGAGGGCCACCGCUUCAACACCCCCGAAAGGCGUCUCUCAUAUCUUGUCGAGCAUAUGUCGGGUCCACCGCAGGCUCUCAUGGCUGCCCGAAUACGCAGCUCGCUGCAGCCUCCGAUCAUCGACGUCAAUGACGCGCUAGAGUACCUCGCAUAUUUCUACGGUCCGCCACAUAUCAUGGGACACAUCGACUUUCAUAGGUCAAAAAUGGACACGUCUGAUACCUCCCAGGAUUCUCACAGACGGUCUAUUACCCCUGCUGCUAAUGGUGGCACACACAAGGAUAGCUUUGGCGCUGGCAAUUUAAUUUGUGACAUGCGGAGGUCUGAGGGUAUCAAGCAAGGUUUUCUGGGGCGGGAAUUCGAUCACUCUCUUUAG